AUGGGCUUUUCUGGGCUUUUCUGGGGGCCCAUUAGGGGCCCAUUCCUGCUAGCUGCGCGCUGGAAAAGAAUAUCCCUGCAGCUGGAAAUCCUGAAACAGGUCUGGUCCACCUUAGAUCCAGAGCACCAGAGCCUCCAGGGCCAAGUCUUGCAGAUCUUGAACCAAAAGCUUGAGGUCUCUGUCUUGCAGAUCAGCAGAAUACAAGAGAAACACGACCGAUCGAGUGCGCGCAGAAUUCCACGUUUGAAUCGAUGGAAAUAUGCCUUUGUGGUGAAAGGAUCCCUUGACAGCGCUGUCCACGAGCUCAAUACCUGGCAGGCAAUCUUCGAUCCAAGUUGGUAUUUGAUCAUCCGAGUUGCCAACCCCGUCAUCGAUGCUGAGCUGGCCAAGCAGCCCGCCCAGACGACCGCAGUCACGGUCGCCAAAGGCCUCAGACAGUCUUUGGCAGUUGAGCCGAGCUCCAACGAGCGCAUAUUCCUCCCGGCUAGUGGUCUUACUAAAUUCAAGUCAUCAAAAGUACCACUUUCGGUUGUUGAAACAUUAUCGCAGCCAGACUCAGAGACACUGAUACUUGAUCACACCGAUUGUCUCCCCGGAGCUGACCUCACAGUCCUCACCAAAGAUAUCCGGACAUUGGCCCGACGACUUCGCAAUACGGAGCCCACCAACUUCUGCUUGCUGAAAUGCUUUGGGGUGGUGAGAAACCAGAGCGAGGGCACAGGCCGCACGGAAUCAUUUGAUUUCGUCUUCAAAAUCCCCAAGACGAUGUCCAAUCCGCGCAGCCUUCGAGAUCAUCUGUGCUCAAAGGAGUCGUACUCAUUGAGUGAUGUUUUUGCGGUCGCAAAGCAGCUUGCGAUUUCCGUGAGCUACGUCCACACCAUGGGAUUCGUCCACAAAAAUAUUCGGCCCGAGACCAUCUUGGUCUUCGAUAAUGGGGUAUCCCAGCUGGGCUCGCUGGCUCUCGUGGGAUUUCGAUCCGUCCGCAUGGCCGACGGAAACUCUCUUCGUCAGGGCGAUGAUGCCUGGGACCAGAACCUAUACCGCCAUCCUGACCGACAGGGGGUAUUUCCAGAAGCAUACUAUACCAUGCAACAUGACAUCUACAGUCUUGGGGUGUGUAUGCUGGAGAUUGGGCUCUGGAGAUCGUUUAUCGCGUACGAUAAAAGGGGUGAGAUAUGUCUCGCCGAAUCAAAGGAAGCCCUGGAUAUUGGUAAGACCAAGUCCGUCGAUGGGUUUGUCCGGCUAGCAACCGAAGUGCUUCCACGCCGGAUGGGCGAUAAGUUUGUGCGUGUUGUUGUGAAUUGUCUCACGUGUAUAGAUGAGACAAAUUGUGAUUUUGGGGACAAUAAUGAUUUUCAAGAUGAGGAUGGCGUCUUGAUUGGGGUAAAGUAUAUCGAAAAGGUUUGGUUGUCUCGCCCUGGAAUAAUACACUUGUUGACUGGUUUGUGUGUCAGAUUCUUCUCCAGCUUGACUCAAUAUCACUAUGACACUGUUUCGAUACAAAAGACUGCUCUCGCUCGACGGAGUCAGUGUUCCUUGUGCUCUCGUCGGUCGGAAAAAUGGUAA